CGUGUCCCCCUCCAGGUGCACAACAUCGUGAAGAUGAUCUACCGCAGCCUGCCUUCCGUCAAAGCCGAGCCGGCUCUCAAAAGCCUGGGCAGGGCCCUGCUCGUGCUGGCCAGCAAACACCCGAGGGAGAUGGUUAGCAGCCUGCUGGUCUGCUCCCCCACCUGCACCAGUGUCGCCGUCACCAUGUGGAGGGCAAUGCUCUCGGAGCCCCCGGCCGUGGAGAAGCUGCUGCAGGAGCUGCUCCGAGUGCUCCUCAACCACUCUCCGCAGCUAGAGUCCCCAUUCAUCAAGGACUGGCCACGCGUCCUCGCCCUGGCUGCAGCAAGGAUGCUACCGGAAAUCUUCCAGCUGCCUCUCGUCCUGAAGGAGGCGGAGGCCAUUUUCCCCCAGCUCUUCCUGGCCCUCCUCUUGCAAGUCUCCUUCACCACGAAGCUGACAGAGCAGGAGGUGGAAAUCUUCUGGGUGGAGCACCAGCAGGGCCAGCUCACUCCCAUCAGGGCCGCGGUGCAGGCCUUGAAGCUGCUGCUCUGCAGCGUGGGCCUCCAGAGGCAGAUGGAGGCCAUUCAGGAGCAGGGCGGCUGGGACGCGCUUCUCAGCGCCGUCACCCACCUCCAGGGUGUGCAGGUGGUGGCCAGGGUGAUGAGGGAACUGCCUGGAGCUCUGCGUGCCCCCAUCUUCCACCAGCUGCUUGAGCUGCUCAGCAACAGCUUCUGCUCCUGGGAGAUGGUGGCCAUGGUCUUCCUCGUUGAGAUGCUGGAGUGCGUGGACCUCAAGCAAGAGCUGCGCCGCGUCGUGAAAAUCUUUAACACCCAUCUGCAGAGCCAGAGCGUGGGCAUGCAGCAGCUGGUGCUCAGGGGCAUCCUGCAGCUCAGCGAGAGGCAGGACACGGCAAGGAAAAUGCUCGUCUUCCUGCCGUGCAUCAGGGAGCAGCUGCAGGCUGCAGACAGCGACACCCGCGCCAUGGACCUGCCUAUACUCAGCAACCUGCUGCGGCUCCUGGAGGGGGAUGAGCUCAGCCUCACGGCUCUGGGGCUGGCCAGCAAGCUCCCAGCGCUCUUCAGUGAUGAGUCCGGCACGGUGCGGCAGCUCUCCAUCGACCUCUUCCUCAAAACGCUGAGCUCUGUGAGGGGCAGAGCAAAGAGGAAGCUGCGGAAGGAGGUGUUCAGGAGCCUGGCCCCACUCUAUUUGCACCUGCACGAUGAGGAAGAGAGUGUGGUCGAGGCCUCCCAGAAAGCCUUCCUUGGUGCCGCACGGUUCCUGCGCUGGAGGCGGCUGGAGCACCUGGCGGAGACGGCGCAGUUGUGGCAGAUCGGCGAGUGCAUGGUUCGCACAUUCCCACAGCCCAGGACAGGCUCGGGGCCGCCCUGCGCUGACCCCGCGCUCUUCCCUCUCCAGCUGGCCAAGAGGAAGAAGAGCGCAGCACGGGACUACCUGGGCCAGAGCCUGCUCUACCUACGGAGCCCACAGGAGCCCCUGCGCCGGGAGGCCGUGAGGUUCAUCGGGCUCUUAGGAUGGCACACGACGGAUGAGCAGCAGGCUGAGAGAGAGGACAUCUACCGGGGCCUUUACCGAGUGCGGCACGACCCCAGUCCAUUCGUCUCUUCGCUGGCCCUUCAGACACUGAAGAUCCUGGAGGAAACGAGGCCACCCCGGCCACCAAGAGACUCUGGGCAGCUCUUCUCCAGGCUCCGCAGCGCGUGGAGGAGGUGGUGCUCCUCCCACGCAGGCAGCUGAGCGCCCUGGAAAGCUCCCGGCAUCUCCUCCUGCCCGCUGCUCAGCUCCGCUCCUCAGGCACACCCCUUCCCUGCUGCUGUGCCGCUCCUCACCCCGCGGUGCCAUCUCCUUCAGCACAAGUGGCUGUCUUCUCUCUGUGGGAAAUGGGAGAACAACCCAGGAGAUCAGCACUGCCCGGAGAGGGACGGGACGUGCAGCGGUCCCUGCCGGUGCCACAUGCUUUUGGUCACUGCCAGCAAGCACCAGCUGCUCUGCCAGGCUGCAAGACCAGAUUAUUAAUAAAGCUGGUGAAUUUUACAACACGGAUGUUCCCACAGAGAAAAUGGAUUUUUAUAAAAGAACUU